AUGAGGAGGACGUCAUUCUGGCCAUCCCCGGCGAACGCGACACGGGAGAGAGAGGAAGUCGGACUGGAUGGAGUGCACUGGCUGCGAAUGUACAGUGAGCUGUCUCUUCUCUGUCUCUCCGUCUUGUCUGUCUCUCCCUCUUUGGUCUUUCGACCCUUGCCGGUUUUUUGCCUCUUUUUUCUCUUCCUCAUUUCUUUAAAUCCUUCGUCCUCCCGUUUUAUUUUUUUUUCUUCGGCUCCGGAACACCUCAAGUCGAUAUACACCUCGUCGAUCCUCUCGGGAAAUAAACUUCCUCUCUCCCCCUCUCUCUAUUCCCUCUUGGGUCUUCAGUACAUAAAGGCAUCAACACCGUCUCUAUGUCACUUGGAUACUUCGUCGUCUCAUCCUUUUAACUUUGUUCCACCACCCCCCCGUGUCUUUUGUCGUCUCCGAGUCUUCCCACCUUCGACUCGCUGCUCGACAAACAGCCUCAGUCAAUCACCCAGUUAACAACACCGGUCUCAGG